AGACUCCUCAUCGUCCUCGCCGGCCGCAACCCGCCGGCGACAACCCGAACUCGCCUCUCAGUUGCUUGUUCACGUCGCAUCGAAGGAGAUAAAGGCUGACUCCAGAGAGAGAGAGUGGCGGCGAAGUUCUGCGGCGGGCCAAAGCACAGAUCCGACCCAGCAAUUUCCAGCCACGGCUCCAUGACCUUCAAGUUCGUGUUUUUAGACAGUUUUUAGCCGCUUAUGCCAAUCGGCCAUGGCUCUGUCAAGCCUCGCCGCUCUCUGUUCAUCUCCUCCUGUCUCGGGGAUCCCGGACUCGCCAACAAUCUCUAACCUCAAUGGGUUCUCACCCACCACGGACAACGCAGCUGCCCCGAACGCCUUCCUCAGGAGCUACACGAUCCUGAACGAAAUCAAGCAAUUACACUGUCGCGUCGCCAAGAAAGGCCCGACCCACAAUAAUGAGCUCAUUGCUAAGUGCGCCGAAGUGGGCACGCCCGAGAGCUUAGACUACGCGCUCAAAGUGUUUGAAGGGUGGAACGAGGACGAAUGCGUCGCUGGGUCUUUGUUCGUGUGCAAUUCUUUGAUUAGAGCUUGCUCUUCCGCUGGGCUCGGUGAUAGAGCUAUCUUGGUGUUUGUUCGGAUGUUGGAGAUGGGCGUGAUGCCGGACAAGUAUACGUUCCCGUUCCUGUUGAGCGCUUGCACGAGGGUUUCAUGGUUUGGUGAAGGGGUUCAAGUUCACGGGGCAAUAGUAAAGAUGGGAUUUGCGGAGGAUAUUUUUGUGGCGAAUACUUUGAUUCAUUUCCACUUUGAAUGUGGGGACGUCAUGGAUGGCCGCAGGGUGUUCGAUGAAAUGCCUGAGAAGAAUGUCGUUUCCUGGACCAGUUUGAUUUGCGGUUACUCCCGGAGGGAUUGUCCGAAGGAGGCGGUUUCCUUGUUCUUUGAUAUGGUGGAGGCCGGUGUGGAGCCCAACGCGGUUACAAUGGUGUGCGCAAUUUCUGCUUGUGCUAAGUUGCAGGAUCUUAAAUUGGGAGAACGGGUUCAUUCUUAUAUUGGUGAUAUAGAUAUUGAGCCUAAUGGUCAUAUGGUGAGUGCUCUUGUUGACAUGUACAUGAAAUGUGGAGCUUUUGUUACUGCAAAGCGGAUUUUUGACAAUUGUAUCGAGAGGAAUUUGGUCUUGUAUAACACAAUCAUGUCGCACCUUGUCAAAAGAGGACUGGCAAGAGAAGCAUUAGCUGUCUUGGGUGAAAUGCUGGAACAGGGACCACAACCAGAUAGGUUAACAAUGUUAUCCGCUAUCUCAGCAAGUGCCACUUUAAAUGAACUCUUAUUUGGGAAGUGUUGUCAUGGUUACAUUUUGAGAAAUGGAUUACAAGAAAAGGACGAUAACAUUAACAAUGCAAUGAUCGACAUGUACAUGAAGUGCGGAGAAUCAGGACUAGCCUGCACGAUUUUCAAUUCUAUGUCAAAUAAAACUGUUGUGUCGUGGAAUUCACUACUUGCAGGUUAUGUUAGAAAUGGCGAUGGGAGAUCAGUUAGGGAUAUCUUUGAUGAGAUGCCUGAAAGAGAUCUGGUGUCUUGGAACAUCAUGAUUGGUGCUCUAGUUCAGGAGAGUUUAUGCGAGGAAGCAAUUAAGUUUUUCCGGAUGAUGCAGAGGGAGGGAAUAAAAGCAGAUAGAGUGACAAUGGCCAGUGUUGCAUCUGCCUGUGGAAAUUUAGGUUCGCUAGGUCUUGCAAAGUGGAUUUAUCAUUACACAGAAGAAAAUGCUAUUGAACGUGAUAUGCUCCUUGACACAGCCUUGGUAGACAUGUUUGGACGGUGUGGUGAUCCAAGGAUUGCAAUGCAAAUAUUUGAGAAGAUGGAGAAAAGGGACGUGUCAUCUUGGACUGCAAUAAUCUGUGCGAUGGCCACUGAAGGAAAUGGUAAACAAGCGCUAGAGCUGUUCAAGGAGAUGCUUUGUCAAGGAGUUGAACCCGAUGAUGUGACAUUUGUUGGACUCCUUACAGCAUGCAGCCACAGCGGAUUAGUUAAACAAGGCUGCCAACUUUUCCAGUCCAUGAAGGAGAUAUAUGGGAUUUCACCUCAGGUGGUUCAUUAUGGGUGCAUGGUUGAUUUGCUUGGUCGAGCUGGACUGUUGGAGGAAGCACUAGAUUUCAUAAAGAGCAUGCCAAUUGAACCCAAUGACAUCAUCUGGGGUUCACUUCUAUCUUCAUGCCGGACCCACAAGAACGUGGAGAUGGCGGCUUAUGCUGCCAACAGAAUUCCCGACUUAACAUCAGAUAGGACUGGGAUCCCGGUGAUUUUGUCAAACAUAUAUGCGUCCGAGGGAAAAUGGUCAGAAGUAGCGAAAGUGAGGCUAAAAAUGAAAGAGAGAGGGAUGCACAAGGUUCCAGGCUCGAGCUCCACAGAGGUAAAUGGAACUGUUCACGAAUUCUCCUCAGGAGAUGAAUCUCACCUGGAGAUCAGCCGCAUCUCCCAGAUGCUGGAUGAAAUUAAUUGCAAGCUACGGGAUGCAGGCCAUGUUCCUGAUCUGAGAAAUGUGCUGCUUGAUGUGGAUGAGCACGAGAAGAAGUUUUUGCUGAGUCGGCACAGCGAGAAGCUGGCUAUAGCUUAUUCACUUAUUAGCACAGGUCAGAAGAUACCUGUCCAGGUUGUGAAGAAUCUGAGGACAUGCUCUGAUUGCCACACAUUUGCCAAACUAGUGUCAAAAGUAUAUAAUCGGGAAAUCACCAUAAGAGAUAAUAACCGGUUUCACUUUUUUAAGGAAGGGGUUUGUUCAUGCGGUGGUUUUUGGUAGGCUGAGAAUGAAAGGUACAAUUUUUCAAUCUGUAAGGCAAUCUUAGAGAAUUUGGUCCUGGAUAAUCGAGUCAGCAAGAAUCCUCCAAGUGAAUUAGCACAGGAUGUGUAAACGGAUUGCACUCUCCAUGAUGAGGAGGAUAUGGUUUUCGGAAAAUUUAAAGGAAGACAUGGAGCACUGUGCGAAUUCCAGCUUUGAUUUGAGAUGAGUGGUGUCCUGUUGGACUACCCUAGUAAGCCGAUGAAGGGCUACAGUUCUGUGAAGAUUUAUUCUAAUGGUGAAGAGGGUUUGCUCCCUCAACGCCCUUUUCUACAGCUUGUUAAACUUAAUGUGACAUAAAGAAGGCAGCUUUUAGUUGUGACGAUAUAAAGGAAACGCGCAUAGCCAUUGCCAAAAUUUGGUAUCACUAAUCUGCGUUUUCUGUAAUUUAUUGGCCAGGGUCUAGACAUAUGCAGAGUCACGGAAUUGGUAACAGCUACUAUAAAUCAAUCU